AUACUUCCAACUGUUGAGGGAACCGAUUGGUCUUGGCAAUUCAACCUCAUCAAAGCUGGGAAGACUUUGGCCCUUGCGGCGAUUCACGACGUCCUCAUCGACCUGGAGACAAUCGUCUGGUUUGCUCAUCUUUGCUACGUUAAUCGUGCCCCACUGGUCUUUAUUCAACUCAUCACCAAACUCGAUCUCUUUUUGCCUUUCCGAUCACGCCUUCUUUUGACCCUUCCGCCCAAUCUACGCCCUUAG